AAGCGGCAAGAACGCACAAGCCAAAGAAUGAGCCAAGAAAAAUUAUUCGCCGUUAUCAGCCGCAGGCGGGCGGCGAGAAAAGGAGAGGCGAUAGUGCGUCGUCGUUGCGAGCUCUUUUGCGGCUCUCCUGGAUAAGGGGAUUGUAUAUCUUUCCUUCUGAGCCCUCGAUACAAGCGGAACGAUCUCAACAAGGCCCUCCGCACACGGGCACUGCCCGUGCGUCAGUCGAGACGGUCGGGUGCCCCGCGCUACGGGGAAGGACGCAUCCGUGCUGCAUAACGGGCGCACGACAUACGAGCGCCGCAAGCGUGCACGCGCCGGGGACCCGGGAUAGCCCCUGCGCGCGGCCGGGUGGCUCGCCCCGGCAGGACAGCUGGCCCACGUGACAUCGAAGGAAGGCCACAUCAGUUAACGCUGCGGUGAUUCGCCACGCGGCACACUGCGCGCUACACGCAGCGUGCAAUGAUCGUUGUGGUGAACAUACCCAACCUAUGCACAACUUGAUCACCGUCCGUGCUUUCCGGUGCAAGGGCAAGCUCUGUCAUGAAAAGGACUCGCAACUGGUUGCACUCAUCGAAAUCGAGAAAAGGGACGACGUAGCCUUGCGAGAGAGAUCACCGCUUCAUGUGCCAAGCCGCCGAGGCAAGUUUCCAUACACCGCAGCUUUGGACGACAGCGCUGCCUCGACCGCUCACAGAUGGCUGUGUAGCGUCGCCGACGGGCCGUCUGUGUCCGGCGGGCGCCUCGGCUACAUGAGCUACGGGUCACCCUGUCGCUGCACGUGCGGCGCUCUCGGCAAUGCGCGCUCACAGUCCCGUCCAAACCCGCGGCUACAGCGGUACAGCAGGGUCAAAAUCUCGAGGCAGGGUCGUGUAUCAGGAGAACCGCCGGCGCGCGUCACUGCUUCAAGUGCCUUCGGCAGCCGGAGCCUCGCAGAAGGCGUGGCUGGGAACGACGUGGACGCUUUCAUCGAACUUCUCAGCUCGCCUCCGUCCCGCGACAGUGUCGCGGACGGCGGGUCCGACGGCCAGCAGCAGCACCAACUGACGCAGGCGACGUCCAUUGGCUGCUCGCCAUCAAGCAGCAACGCUAUCAGCAGGAGCAGCGGCACACCGGUUCUGACACCACGAUCAACAUCCAACGAGCUGACCAUCUCUGAGCAGCACGUCGUGCAGCUCUUUAUGGACGAAGUGGACGUCAAGGAGAGGGAGAUUGCCGCAGCCUUGGCUGCGGCGGCGGCCAAGGAGCAAGAGGAAGAAAACAGCCACGUCGAGGCGACCGCGGCAGAGGACGACUCGCCAUGGCCCACAUACCGCAGCGCAGAGGCCGGGCACCGCAGGGCCAGAAAGAUGGGAUGCGGAGCACUGGCCGCGCCGUCGACGCUGGCCUUCGUGCUGCUGGCCGCCGUUCUCGUGUCGAACGCGAUGCUCGCCGUAGCAUACUACGAAGAACGGACGUGGCUGUGCGUGAUCACGGUAGGCCUGAUGCAUGCACCGUCGCUGCUGUUCUUCGUGACCCGCGUCUACUCGGUGGUGGUCCUGGCGAGCAUCAAGGAGCACUUCAUGAGGGCUCUGGUGCUGGUCUGGUACUGGGUCACACUGCCACUGCUCCACUUCCUGCCACUUCUCACGCUGUCGUCCGUGCUGUUCGACAAGGUGAUGAUGAUGAUGGGCGACCCGUCGGACAUGCGCCUGUUCAUCGGCCGCCAGGAAGACGUGGCCUUCAGCGACCUGAUCUGGGUGGCCGUGCUGCAUGCCUUCCCGCAGGCGGUGCUGCAGCUGCACCUGCUGCUCUUCGCCGGAGGCGCUGCCCUGCUGCGAGGCGACUGGCCCGACUACACCGCUCCGUCCCGUGUUUCCUUCGCUCCACCGCCGCCAUCACACAACUGCCAUUCUGCAGAUGGGAUCCGUGCUGUCCUGCGCGCUACUGGUCGCUUGUGUGGCCACCUUCUACAGCAAGUACGUGUUGCGCGGCCGCGGCGGCGACGAAGAGACCACGGAUGGGUCCGCCACCUACGAGACCACCACCACCACCACCACCACCACCACGGCGCUGCAGGACUGCGACGAGGAAGACACCGGCACCGGCUACCUGCUCAAGUUCGCCGCCUGGCUGCUCAUUACGGUGGCGCGCAUCGUGGCCGGCAGCUCGCUGCUGGCUGUUUACUUCGGGCCGGCCGUGCUGGCCUUGGCGCUGGCGCACGUGCCCGUGGUCCUCCUCUGGUCGCUGGUGUGCCGUACGCGCUACAGCGCAGCCAAGUUCUUUGGCGACCUGGCGCUGGGCCUCAUCACGCUUGUGUUUGUGCUCGACUACCGCGCCCUAAACCGCGAAGGGCUGGCCAGCACCAUGUCCGCUGUGGUCUUCCUGUGCGCCACGUUCCUCGAGAACACUGUGUGCUUGGCGCUCGCGUACGUGAUGGUUGGUGGCGGGCCGCCGCACUACACCGUGCUACUGGUGCUCGUCGGCACCCACUACGCGGCCAUGACGUGCGGCGUGUUCUUGCUAUUGUGCCACAUACGCAUGCGCCACCGCAAGGCCGAGUAUGUUUUCUGACCAGAAGAGCGCAACACCGGCGUGGCAGAAGAGGAACGCGCUGGUGUGUGCAGGGUCGGGGCAAGACGACGCCAAACUGCUGUCUCUAUUACUGCUUUUCUUUUAAAUACCGGACACGAAUAUUCGUGCCCUUAUUUAUUUCCAUUCGUUUCGUGGCCAUCUCACACAAGCGCUCGCCUGGACAGCACAUCACGGUCUAGUAUUGUUAUUUGGUCCUCUGUUAGUUGUUUCAGGGCCUAUAUAACAAAAUAUAAAUAUAGCUUUCCUUCGACGCUUCUGCUAAAGCCGCGGUUCCAGUAAGUGCAGCUUGAGUAAGUUUUGCCUCCGCAUUAUCAGUGACAAGCUUUCGUCAGAGAAUAUUAUGGGCUCAGUAACUCGGUGAACAGCCAAGGCAGUGGGUCAUUCCGUAAUGCCUGUCAUUCUUUAGUUACUGCGCUCUCUCUCGAAUGUCCAACCUAAGGUGCUGCGCUAGAAGAUGCAAAUUAUGCCCCCCUUUCCCCACCCCCUGUGUUCAGGAAGUGUUCAAACAAUUCUUUGCCUUAAUCUUGAAGUCUUCGCGCAAGCGUGGAAGUUUGCAUCGCUUACAGUAUUCUCCACACAUCAUGGGCCCACGCAUGGUGCCCUUUACCGACUAGCUGGCAAGCGUCUCUGGCAGUUGGAAGAAACACACGACAAUGCAAUUUUAUCACCGUUUGUACCGUUACUGUUUAUGCUUGAAACUGUAUUGAGAUGUGUAUAUACCUUUGUUUCACGUGUGGUUCACACUAUGUUCCGUAUUUGUCUCUAACGGUGCACGAUAUACUUCGUGCUUGAAUUUGUUGAAGUGCAAGCUGAGAGCAGUUCCAAGUCUGGAUACGUCGCCCGUGGCGUCAGAGAACAUGAAUGCGAUAACAUUUGUGAAUAGGAUGCCCAUUUUACUUAAGUACGUCGCGUUCAUUUCCAUAACAAUCAGAAGCGUGUUAAUAACUACUAAGGUGAUGAGGAAAGACAGCACUGUACAUAGCAGAUCAAUUUUGUGAUAAAAGUGAUAAAACGCUGUGACAAGUGCUACCCUAAAUGCCUUGCUUGCGCUGAGAAAGCCAAGGAAAUCGAGGAAGUUAAACCAGGACUGGCGCUCCAUUGGCUCUCGCAAUCUUUGCAAUGAAUGCACGCGGACACGUGUACUGGUGCUCCCCACACAGCCGGAGGCGCCCGCCCCUGGCAACAGGAAGCAACUGUCAACAAGCGCAGCAGCGCUAUAGUAACAUCCUGCUUAGAUGGAAGUAAGGCCAUGCUCUCGACAUCUUCCUUUCAGUGAACGAUCUGUCGUCUCAUGGACUGGGAAGAAUGCUGUACUUGGUCGUCAGUGGAAAGGAAUAUCAGCCAUUCCGAAAAUACACGCGCAUUCGUCGAGGCGGCAUCUUCGUAGUUAUAGUUGUUGUUAUUGUUGUUGCUGUUGGUCCAGUGAACAUAUGGCUCACACCCAUUAUGGAGGAUUCUCCAAGGAUGGGUGUAUUAUUGCAAUUUAUAAUCGGAAAUAAAUUUUAGCACUGCUGUAAAGUAAAUGCUGUUGAAAGGCGAAAUUACAUGUUAAAAUUAGAUCACUAACGGCACAUAUCGGUGUUUUACAAAGCUCAUGAAUGGUUCUAGGACAAAACGAUUAUCACAGUUUCACCAUAAGGGCGAAGCAAUGAAUGCGACAGCAACAUGUUAGAAUAUUACACGUAGUGGAAGACUCGUAGCUAUAGUGGCAGUAUGAAUUGAAGUAUAAACGUAAGCUCGCUGUUAAGCAAAAACGAGCUGUUGUGCUAGCGGUCCUCUGUUUGAAUCCUGCCAUCCGACAAUGUCAUUGAUGUUAGUAAGUAAAGCCACCGUCUUUUUAAGCGACUCUACGACCGCUUUUCCGUUUCCUCUUACCUGGGCCGACCCCGGUUGUAGUGCACAGCCGCUCCAACAAAAUUACAUCAUAUUCAGGUUUGAGCUCUGUUAUUGUUUCGCACUUUUAGUAUUUAAGUCUGAAGAUUUAAGAUAAAAGGCAUGCGCUGUCGGUGUUUUGUUUCAUGACAUUUGUUUGGGGGCUGCCAUUCUCGUAUUUCUGAGAAAUAAUUUUGUCAAGAAUGUAAGACGAUGUAUGAGCAACUUUGGUGAUAGAAUGGUGUGGCAAUAAAACCCGCAUAUGCCGCAUGUCAUAUAGCUUGGCAUAGCUUAUAGCAUAUAUACACCUAAAUAUAUACGGAACUCACGGCGACGCCCACGGCAACGAUGGCAAAAAUUAGUCCAUAAUUGCUAUCGCAAUAAAAAAAAGAGGACAAAGGGCACUGGUGCUCUUUCUCCUCUGUAUUUUUUCCCCCUAACACCAUUCAUGUGCUGCGCAAAACACCACCAUGAACUAUCAGCAAGCCGCCCAAGCUUCCACCCUCGUACAAUAAUAGCAGUUAGAAUCGGGGCAUCGAACCGGAACUGAAAUGAAAACCGAAAAAGAAAAACGUUAUUUUUGCUGGAACUGAACCGGAACGUUACAAUUUUUUUUUUCUGACUUUUCAGGCUGUCCCCAUUUUCAUCCAUGCGUUGCCUGCUCUUGUGGAUCCACUAUGCUACCUCAAUUGUAAAUACACAUAAUCUUCCCUGAUUUUAGUAGCAGCAUUAUUAGUACGGGCGUAUAACGUAUGGCGUCGGGGGGCAGUCACGUUACUCGUAAGCGUUUGUAAUUGGUGACUGUCAAAUAGUUUUCCGUUAGUCUAAGAUUUAUAUAUGACCGCUGAAAUAAAGAAGCGCUUCCUAGCUGGGUCGUGGCUUUAACUGCACAAGUUGAAGUAGAUGCAGUAGAAAUGACACAUUACUUCUGACAUGUGCUUCCACAGCAUUAUUUUUAAAUCGAAGCUUUUCUUUCGCCUACUACCCUGUGUUGUUGCAAAUGUGUUGUUUGUAACAAACGGGUAUGGCGUGCCCUCUUGGUGGUAUACGAUCUCGGGAGAAAUGGGAGAGAGAAGGGGAACUAGCAUAGGCAAGUUAAAAUUGCACGGACAAGGACGUCUUCCAUAAGGAGUCUACGACAGUCCAGGAUCCCUAUGCGUGUGCUGUGGCUCCCCUCUUGGCCUCUUCCACUGCUGAAAAUUUGCGGGUAGGCUGCUUAUAAUUGUGCGUCGGUGCUGGCUAAAAGAUGUGGAAUUACGAGGCGGGGGAACUAGUGAUGCAAAACUAUCGGUAAAUUGACUAUCAAUAGCAUCGAUAGUUUUUUUAAACUAUCGAUAGUGGAAGAAGGAUAUCGAUAGCAUUAUCGAUAGUGCUGUCAAAAUUAUGCUGUUGUUGGCCAGCAAUAUUGCCAAAAUAUUUCCGAUAGCCUACUAUCAGCAAUACUGAGUUCGUUCAAAUCAUGAGCAAUUUUUUGGCGAAUGAAAUUAUUUCCUCAGUGAAAAUUCCGGAAUAGGCCCAUCAAUAAAUUCAUACUCAAAAGUAACCAGUUACACGUUACCAGCAAACUUAGUUCUUGACAUUUCUUCUUUUAAAUUACAAAAUGCAAUAUAAAUUUGAAGCCGCGCAGUUCCGCCACAUGUAACGGCUUCCUUUCCGCUACAGCUGAACAGUUCAACUUAAAUGUCAUGUGUCAGCCAAGCAUUCUGGUGAAGGAACACAAGCAUGUCUACUUUCUUGCCCUUCAGCCUGCUCCUCCUAUCUGAAAUAAUCUGUCCAGCCGCUGAGAAUACAACGCUUCUGGGUACCGACACUGCUGCAAUGCACAAAUAAUUCCUACCCACUUCAGAGAGCGGUGUUGUGGAGCAUUGCCGAUAGUUCCAGAAUUCUAAAGGGUUUCUCUUCCUUUCCUGUCGAUGUAACAUGAGGUACUGGAAAAAACCAUUAGCUCAGCGUUCGAGGUUGCAGUUUAGGGCUCCUGUUGCUGCCUCUCAACGAACCGCAGAAUUCGGCUUCCUGCCGCAGCUUCGUUUGGAACCGCCUGCUGUCUAGAUGGUUCAACUGCAGGACCAGCUAGGCUUUCCGGCAAUCGCCGGCUUAGUUCACCAAUCAAACAAGCACUGGCGCGGUCUGCGUUUGCUCUGAUCGAAAAUGGUUCGCGAUGGUUUCGCUUUCGACCUUCGCCUACCUGGCUUGCAAUUCAGCCAGCUGAACCGCAGUACCAUUUACGUGUGGCCAUCGCUUCAGUCGAGCAAGCAACGUCUUUGUAUGUACGUAUGUACUGUACAUUCGUGAGCAGGCUUGUUUAGAGCGCUGGAGUGGUGUCCUGCGGAACAAAUCAUAGUGCGCAACUGCUGUGUCGAGGGCAACGUGCUCGUUCCUUGCUUUUAUGUCUAUGCAGUUUUGAUUCAGUUCAAGCUCUGACCUUGAAACCCAGCAAGCGUACGUGCUGAAAUAAUUCCACUCGAAUUCAGCUCAGAAGCAGGCGCGCCAAACUGUGUGUCUCGGGUCACUGUUGCCGAACAAGGACAUUGCGACACUAACAUUUUAUUCAGCAACUGUGUAUACGUAGGGUGCAUCUGCAGGGCUCGGUGACGGGUAGAUUGCGAUAACGAAGAGUCCUGUCAUAGUCACCACCACUAUACCAUAUACCACGCACUCGGUGAAUCAAGGUUAUGCUGCAGUGAGUUCGCGCGGUUGAUUUUAUAGUAACAAUUGUACUAUUGAAAGUAUACUCGAUAGUACUAUCUAAAUUACUAUCAAUGGCGCUAUCGAUAUUUUUUUACCAUCGAUAGUUCGAUGGUGACUCAACUAUCGAUAGUAUCGCUAGUACUAUCGAUUGUUCUGCAUCAAUAAGGGGAUGAUGUCGGCUCACUUUAUAAUCUCAAACAGCGAUCUGUAGAUGUGUUUGGUCCGCUAUGACAAGAAGUCUUCCCUUUGAAAGAGAGUGCCAGCUUUACAGGUGUGCAGAGCCGGGCCCCUCCUUACUCACCUUAAGCAAACUUCGAUUCGUGUGCCUGUCGAAUGCAUGGCUUGCACCUACGUCACCACUACGGAACCUUGGGAUACAAGGCGGCCAUGUUGGUGAACCGCGACUGCUCACCUCAUCUGCUGGCCCAUCUCGCCCAUGCUGGCCGUUGUCACGCCGUCGCUACGACUGCCGUUCUUCGUGCAAGUUUGUGCCAUCGAUUUCGCCGGAAUGGUUAUGUGCGCAGUUGUUAGCUGCUCCAAUCGCGGCGAAAACGCUGAGAGAAAGAAGAAGCCGACCAAUUCGAGCUUCUUUCGCCUGCCGAAGGUUAAAUGAUCAGUGUGAGCAAACCAAAACACUCAGCACGAACCGGCGCAGGCUGUGGCUGGCACGUAUAAAGCGUGGAAAUGUCGAUGGUAACAACCCCAACGUGCGUGUGUGCGGUGUGCACUUUGUGACAGGUAAGUAUAUGGCGUGUACCAUCAAUUUGAGCGUGAAAAGCAGCCAGUCUCCAAAACAUCCUUUGUAACAUCAUGUGCUUGCAUUUGUAGGAAGACCGCCAAGUCUGUUUGAAGAAACAAACCCAGACUGGGCUCCGACGUUUCUUCUGGGCUACGGCAGCAAGCACGCAGGUCCAGCUCGCCACGAGUGCGGUGAAAAACAUUGCCACAAGAAGCGGCGAACGGAGGCAGAGAAGCGGCGAGCCAUGACGGCGGCGGCGGAAGCAGCAGCGGCGACGUUUCACUUGCGCAUUUGUUGGCAGGCAUGUUCGAGCACGUGAAACACUGAUAAAAUUUUCAAACUUUAAGAGGAAACGACACAUCUUACCUCGGCAAUCACAAUCACUUUGUCGUCGUGCAGCGUUCUGGCAGACAAACUUUUAACCCAGCCGCUGGUUAAGUAAUUAUGGGACUCCAAUGCCUUGUGCGCCUUCAUUUCUUCCAACGUCACGAAGCUUGCACUGAACACCAGAUAAUUGACGAUGUCGCCGUGCGUGAGGUGUCCUCUCGCGAGAGGCAGUUACGGCGCUGUAUCUUUCUCUUCCUUUUAAUAUCACUCGCACACCUCCGGGAAAGCGUCGGCGUUCGUUGUUGUGUCCGUUACCGGUCGCAGAGAGUACUGGUCAAUGCCGUCGCACAUGCGCACCUCUUCCUCGUAGCGCCCGCGUUCCUGUCCGAUCAAGGUGGAAAAGUAAGCCUUAUUUAACGGCCUGCUACCAAGUGGCGGCAUGCUCAAUGAGGAGGCGCUGUGUGCAAGCGGUACGUGCUUCGUCUUCUACUGCGAACGCCGAAGUGUGCUGACGCCUGUGCCGGUUCGGCCUAGUCCGGUUCACCAACAUGGCGGAUGCAGCUGUCCCAUAGAGUUACAAGGAUAAGAGAGGACACUUCCAUAGGCCCCUGCGGCCGAUUUUGGUUCACAGCGCACCUAGCGGGUGUGUGGAAUCUACGCAGACUCAGAGAUUAGGACCGCAGAAAAACUAAUCCCGAAGGCUAUUUUCUGGCGAUUAGAAAAUGUACACGGCCUCCAAGAUUGCUUCCGUGCGAGUGCUCGUCCCGGAGGCUAUAUUAUGGCUAUAUUUUGAUUUUUUUAACGCGUUAUUUGCAUGCAUCGAGUAGCUUCGUGUAAGCUGUACCGCCAGAGCAGCAAGCUCACGAUGCCACUGUGUGUUUAUGCAGGCACUUUAAAUAAACAUGACAAGUGUUGGAAGAGACGAAACUUUAUUUUUCAGUCAUUCUCCGUAAGCACAUGUACACUUUUUUUUCGCAACGUUCGAUGAACGCAAGCACAAAAAGAUGGGUGCACUGCACAAUGAGAGACAUGCCAAUACAGCUGCCACAUGUUGAGAAUAAAUUUCACAAAAGGAAUAAAC